AUGCCUGCGGUUGGAGCCGUGGGAGUCGGGCUGCUCUGCGCACUGCUUGUCGCCCUCAUGCCGGGUGCCAUGUCGGAAAUGGCGACUCUGGUGCAGGACCCGGUCCGACCCGAAUCGUCCCUUCUGAAGCCAAAAAUCAUGAUCGCCAUUCUGGCUCGCAACGCGGCGCACAGCCUGCCGCACUACCUGGGCUGCAUCGACAGGCUAGACUACCCGAAGGAGCGGAUAGCUAUAUGGUGAGAAACGCAACUAACUUUCUAAUAACUUUUUUCGGCCAAAUUGUCUCCAAUACAGCACCAAGUCACGUAUAGAUCCGCGCGGCCCGCUACAAUUCUGGAUUUGGACAUUAUUAGGCUACAAAAAAGUGCACGCAUAGAAGUAGCCUAACUUAAAGCUGUUAUUGUUGUCGGGUAUUAUAAUAAGAACCUCCUGUCCACGUAAAGGACAGAGAUGCGGCUGUUAGCGUCAACGAGACCUGUUGCUGCGUUUUACAACGCACUCUCCUGGCGUGUCUCCCGGGCUCCUAAUUGCAUGUUUGGAUAAGAUGAAAAGGUAGAGCAUGUUAAUGAUGGUGCACUUUUUCAUUACGCACACACUGCGGAAAUCAGGGGACCUAAAACAGCUGCCAGGUAUGGGGGGAUGGGGGCCCCUAAAGAAAAAAAAGGCUCCAUCAUCAAUUUUCCAUAGGCAGUUAGUUUGAGGAUCAUGAUUGCAGUAGUAAGGCAUGGCCAGCAGGCAGCCUGCCUGGAGAUGGGAGAGAGUAAGUGGACACCAGACACUGAGCGGCUCAGAAGGUGGGAGCUCAGCUAGCACACUAAGGAAGUCAUGUGUAAAGUGCUGGGGAGAGAAUCACAGGAUAGAUGGAGGGAUCUGGAUGACUAGUCUACAGGGACAGAACAAGUCAGUACAGAAGCAUGUGGAGACUGCCCAUCACAUACCUCUUUUGUUGCACGUCAUGGAUACUUUUUGAGUGACUUGAUAGUUUAAUGCAGUAUCUCUGUUUCUCCCAGAAUUGCUGUCAUGUGGGAUUCCUUUGUGUUCCACUCAUCCUUUCAAAUGCUUGCUUUUGUUUGCUGCUUUAUGUCUGUCUGCUUCUCAAUGAGGCCAUGCUCCUCCCAACACACACACACACACACUAGGUCUAGACCCACUAGGACCCUUCCCCCAGAGUAAACGGCCAAAUGACUGAGCCAACAUGUUUAUGUGGAGACCUUUAACUAACAAAGAAAGGGGCCUAGACCCGUCAAUCCCACUUGUGGCAUCCAGCACACAGCUACUCACUGGAGAGAGACAGUAGAAUCAGACGCUAUGGAGUCUGUGGUUCUGUUUGGAGCAGGGCUCUGCUCAGUUGAGCCUGAAACUUUGUUUUAUGCAUCUGCCCCAGAUUUAAUCCUAUAGAGGCAUUUAGAUUUUCCACAUGAAAGUAAAUGUUUGGAUUCAGUUCAGUUUACUUAUAGUGUACUGUACCUGACUUAUAAAAAUAUGCACAGUGAAGUUCACCUGACCUUACAUGAGAGCAUAAAGCAGAUUGAAACACUAUAUAUCACAGAUUCUCUAAUAUUUACCACUGUACACGCUGUUUUCUACCUCUCUCUUCAUCUCUCUUCUCACCUCCAUAGCUUUCCUGACGGUCAAAACAGUUUGAGUUUGACUGAGCACUAAGCAAAGUAAUUGAGGAAGGGAAGAAAAGUCUCAGCGUAGCCCGAGGGUGGAACCAGCUGUGGAACAUCAUGUCCACACAGCACAGCCAGAUGUAUAGAAGCAGCAGACUCUAUAGCAGGGUUUCCAACUGGCGGCUCGCGGGCUGAAUUUGGCCCGUGGGUGGUUUUAUUUGGUCCCCCAAGUCUUCUGAGCAAAGAUUUUCAUUGUUGGACAUAAAAGACUGUAAAAACACCAGGAAAUCAGCUCCAAGUGAUUUUAAUUUAGGAAAUCUGUUCCCAAGUAUUCCAACACAUGCUAGAGAGACCAUAUACAAAUGUAAGCAAGGUUUGAAAUGAUUAUGUUUUAAUCAAAUAUUAUAUCUGUUUGGGCUUCUUGCGGUCAAUUUGCAGUCUACAAAUGAUUUAUAAUUACAUUCUGGCUGCCCGACGAUCUCAAGAAAAAAUUGGCCCGUGCCGGAAUCUAGUUGAUGUUCCCUGCUGUAUAGGAUCUGUCUGCUGCCGCUGCUGCUGCACUCUACUGUCUGUCUGGAAGCUUCCUCUGAGUCAGGACCGAUAAGGUCUCAGUACAGCUCUGCAAGCUCUCAAUACUGACUGCCAAUGAGAAGUGUUUGGCAAAGACACAUUUAUUGGGUGGUUGAGCAGCCUAGAUGUUCAGUGUUGAUAAUGACUAUACCAUAAAGAAUAAUUUUGUAAGUAUGACAAUCUGCCAGACCUAGACUCGAAAAGUAGUCAACAAUUUUUCUCCCAAGCUUGCCUCAAAUCUCACUGUUUCUAGGUGGUGUAUUUCACUCGAUUCUUAUAUAAGAGAGGAAAAUCCAUGCUCACUGUUGCUUUGAUCAUUUAAUUGUUUUGUAAGUGCAUGAGCCAACAGCCUCCUCCCAUCCUUGUAUGACAGUAUUGUAAAAGUCAUACAACACACAACAAAUGUCAAAUGUUGUCAUUCUGUUUUACAAACUACCUAAUUGGAUCAAAGGUGGAACCAGGUCCCCAUGAGAAUGUGUUUUCAAAUGUAGAAAUACAUAUGCAUUGUAUAAACAAACAGCAGAGAGGUAGUGAAAAGCCACACAAGUGGUAGAAUUAUGGUUUGUGAAAUAAAAGCUGAUUGUGUAAUAAAAUUCUGCUGGCCACAGACCUGGUGCCAGUGGCUGAUUUACUGUGAUGCGAGGCCCAAGGCCGUGUGUGUGCUUGCGUGCGUGUGUUUGUACUGGGGUUGAAGGGUCGAGCUUGGACACUGCUCACCUUUCAAUUCCCCCCUGCUCUCCCACUGGGACAAGGAAGCUGUCACUGUUCUAGUGUGUGUGCGUUUGUGUGUGUAUUUAGGGGCACAUGCAAGUUUCUUCUCGUGAUGGCUGGAUGAAGAGCAGUCUGUGUUUGAUAGAGAAAGAGUGGUUGAGAUAACGCACUCUCUCCAUAGAAGGCUUCAGUAGUCUGAAAAUCAAAAGGAGGUAUCUGAGUCUGACAGAGAGGACUAAGAGAGAGGUGAGAGAGUCUCUCACUAUGCUGCGAAAUAAUGCAGGGAAUUAGGGGAAAGAGGGAGACGGGGCGGAGGCAGGGUGGUCGGUAGGCUUGUGUUGAGAACUACCCAGUGGCACUGAGCAGGUUAGUGAGUGAAGCCACAUUCCAGCCAUGCUCAAACAUUGUACCCUCCCCUCUCUCCCCCCACCUCCUUCCACUUCCCUCAGGACAACACUAAGCUGGCCGCAGGCCAAUGAUUGGACACAGGCCAGAACCCAGGCUAAUGAUUGAUUGAUGGAAUGUGACUCAGCCCUGUGAUUGGUCGCCAGAGGUCAUGACUCUGUGUUGUGACUGGAGGAGAAGGUUGAGGUCAUCCUUGGGGCAGUGUUCAGGAGUAACUCAGUAGCCUGGAGCUGAGUCUGUGGGCUGUUUAUGGGAAGUGCUUUUCCAGGUGGUGAAGGUGAACUGAAGAGAGAUGAUUUGUUGCUGUGUUUCGACAUAGAGAAUGUCAGGACUGUGACAACAGAGGCUGUUCUCUGAACUUUGUUUGUGUGAAAUAGCCUAAUAAAUAGAAUCCAUUAUUGUUUCUAUACUUUCCAUAUUACAUCUUUGAUGAUGAUAAUGUGAUGCACACACCAAGAAAUAUGAACCACAACAGAAAAGUCUGAACCACAACAAUCAUUUUUCAAUGAUACUGUAUAUGAUUGAGAAUACCAUCUAAACCAUGUGUGCCUUAGCUAUUAUUUACAUUUUAGUCAUUUAUCCAGAGCGACUUACAGUUAGUGAGUGCAUACAUUUUCAUACUGGCCCCAUGUGGGAAUCGAACCCACAACCCUGGCGUUGCAAACGCCAUGCUCUACCAACUGAGCUACACGGGACCUCGUUCAAGGACUCCAGUAACCCGAGCCACGGACUGUUCAAUCUGUUACCAUCUGGUCCUGGACCAAAAGGCUCUGAGACAGCUUCUAGGACCAGGCCAUCAGACUGCUGAAAAGCUAAACCUAGCUGUCUCCCUGCACAGACCUGCACCUUAGAGACUAUUUACACCAGAUAACCUAUACAUUAUUACCUUAGAAAUUAUUUGUACUGACUACCCACACAUCCAACACUUACACACAAAUGUACACAUAAACACACACUAAGAGCUCACACACACACACACAAAGUCAACUCUGCUGUUCUAAUAUAUACAACUGAUUCCACUGCCCACAUUAUAUUUGGAAAUCCAGUCCGUUAUUACUAUGCAUACUACCUUUUCUAUUACUUCUAAUAUUUGCUAUUUUUGACUUGACUCAUUGUUAUUAUUGAUGAAUGUACUGCAUUGUUGAUGGAGCUGGCACAUAAGCAUUUCAUUGCACCUUUUAUACCUGCUGUAAACUGUGUGUGACAAAUACAUUUGAUUAGAUUUAUGUAGUGUCGUUAUCACAGAGGAAUUCCAGCGGUUGCCAACAACAUUGUAAACUUUAAAGGACAUGAUGAGAAAUGUGUCUGUAUCUUAUAGCUCUCACUGUCAGUUUUUACAGGAUGAUGGUAUGUUGUGUUACUGGCUCUGCUGCAGAUCUUCUCUUUACGAGGCUGGGAUCUCGAUCUCUAUUCCAUAUCUCAGAGUCCCAUCCUCUGGUGGGGAGAUAGGUAGCAGGUGGAUGUUCUUCAGAAGUUUAAUGUUUUCAAAGAGUAUAAUGCCAUUAUAGUAAAAGAUAAACCAGGAGCGUUUUGGAGUUUUUUAAGUGCUGCCAACUCCAACAGGACCCUUGUUUCCAAAAAGCUCCCUUUCUACCGGAUAACAAUAUUGGAUCCAGCAUUCCAACCUCCAACUAUUUUCUCAGAGGGGGUGAUCUCUGUUCCAUCUCCUAGAAUGCCAUUGUGCUGUGUAGAAUAUUGCUGGGAGUGUAGAGCCUUGAUCCAACUGAGUGCAUGUGUGUCACCCCAGGCCUGAUCGGAGAUGAAUCUCAUCACUCUAAUUCUUCUGUCAGGUCUGGGGAGGAGGGCCCCAAUGGAUGUCUUUUUGAUCAUGUCAGGAGGGGAGCCUUUGACAUUUUGGGGAGUGUUUGUUUUACAGAAAGGACAGGUGAGGAAGACAGGAGAAGAUGUUGUGGGAUCUCUUUCUCUUUGUGGAUUAGAUCAUAUCGCUGGUACAUGGCUGGUACAUGGCUGGUAUGUGAGUGUGUGUUUGAUUAUCCUUAGUGCUCUGGCCCAGUGUCAGUCUGUUGGGGUCUGCAUGUGGUGGUGUGUGUAUCUGUGUAUUUCUACUAGCCUUGGGCCAGACUUGUGCUUAGUGAAGGCAGUAACUGAGUGACACAGGAACUCCAUUACUCAUACAACAGAGCCAGUACCACCUCCUAACUCACACAACAGAACAUACACUUCUGAUUCAUUCCACACACACCAUUUUCACCUAAGGAGUGUUAAUACUCAGUCAGUGGUUUCCUCAGAAAACCUGAGAGGAGAUGGAACUAUCCCCAGACCUGUGUCUGCCAGCAGAGAGAACAGCUCCAUGUCCACUGCCAGGAGUUGUGGCUGUACUCAGAACAGCCCUGGCCAUGUGUCAGUGUCAGCGAAUCCCCAGAGGAGAACCGAAACAUAUCAGAGUCCUCACAUAGAGGGGCCUGUUAGCAUGGAAGUGAUUGUCUCUUGACCAAUAGUUCCAGAGGUGGAGUUGGAAAAAAUUGUGAAUUUUUCUUCCUGCAUGCCCAUCUAUUCCAGCAUAUAUUAGCAGGCCAACAAUUGAUUUGGCUAAUGCUGAAAUAGACUGGCAUCCAGACAGGCAAAGCAUUCAAUUUCUCUUCAGAAAGACCGAGAGAGAAAGAGAGGUGAGAGAGAGAGAGAGAGAGAGAGAUGGGGAAACUAGGUAAAGUGUUUUGAGGGAUGUUACAAGGACAGGACAUUAUGUAUUACAUUAUGUAUUCAGCAGUGGCCGGAAGGCCCUCAUGUUGUCACAGAGGAACUAUAAUUUUAGCCAAGUCUGUCUGUCUGUGUGUGUCAUCACCCUGGCUUAACCACAGAGACACACUGUACUACCUCUUUUCACGUUAUCCUACUCUAUAUCCCUCCUUUUCUCCCUCUCUCCUUCCCUCCCUUGCCUCUCUCUCUGUCUUUCUCAUUUACCCUUACUAAUAAAAUUAUUGUGAUUGUGUGUUUUACUAUCACUUUGCGUUUAUCUAGACGUCACUGAGUAGGAAAUACUUUUUUUGCUGUCUGUGUAUUUCAUGUGAGUGACUAAGUGUGGAAAAUGACAUGUUAGGGACCAGGGUAUUCAAUGUAUGUCAAAAUCGACCGUGUAAAUGUAUGGGUGAACGUGAUUUGCAGGUAGCAUAGUGGUUAAGAGCAUUGUUGGUUCGAAUCCCUGAGAGAACUAGGUGAAAAAUCUGUCAAUGUGCUUUUGAGCAAGGCACUUAGCCCUAGUUCCUCCUGUAAGUUGCUCUGUAUGAGAGUGUCUGCUAAAUGACUCAAAUUUAUAUUUUUUGUGCAGGACGUAUGUGGGGUAGGACAGAGGGCAAGGACACAGAGAUUCUUCUGACUGAUUAUAUUUGGAAGCCUGGGGGGAGGGGAGUUACUGCAGAGUGAAUGUACACACACACACAUAGGUACAGUGAUUUAUAUCUGUUAACACUAGCUACAGUAAAAGGGCAUAUCCAAUGCAGAUACGGUGGAAGGAAUUUAGGCCUCGUAACUUUCACUUGAGUGUUUGUUCAGUGUUUUUGGGCCAGGUGUAACCCUUCCGUCCCCUGACCCCUCCCAUUGAUCUCUCUCAAUGUCAGCUCAUCACACCCCCUCCUCACUGAUGAAUGGCAUAACCAUUCCAGGUGGGACUGAUAGAUAGAGGAGAGAGGGAUAGAGAGAGAAAGAGAUGGUAAGGGUGUGUAGGUGAAACCUAAUAGCAUGUGGUGUCCAGAUGAGGAUCAUAAAGAGAGAAGGUAGAGAUGCGGCGCUCCAGGACUGAAAAUAAUAAGCCAGGGAGUUACUGUAAACCUCAAAGAGGGUAGAGUGGAUGAACAAAGUGACGGAUGAGUGAAAAGAGGGAGGGAGGAAGACAGGAUGAGUGUCCAGUCCAAACCCCCAGAGCACCGGAUUGUUAAACGCCUUCAAAACUCAGCAGGAGCUGACACUUUAACACUCUCUCUCAAACAUACAGAACACACACACAUGCACAGAAGUGCUAAAACACACACACGUUAUGCCGCUAUGUGCACUUAUGAGUGUACAGAUUUCUUUUUAAAAAGAUACAAGCACAUUUUUCCAUCCGCACAUUAUUGCCAUUGAAUUCCAGGCUUGGCUGCAGUGCAUGUGAGUGUGGUUAGGGGAAUGUGGGGAUGGCCAGGGACUCAAGCUACUGCUCUACACCCUCCUUGGCUGAUUCAGCCCUGGGGAGAGGAAAUUGAGAAGCCUGGAAAGGAUAGAUCCUGCUGGAAACAGGACAUGCAUGUGUGGAAUAAGAGAUGGAGAGAGGAGAUGGAAUGAUGAAGAUUCACCUAAAUAAAUGAAAGAAGAGACACAAAGGUGAAAGAUAGAAAACCCGGCCUGUGUGCCUGCCUGUCCUCUGCCUGUACAGGCCCAUAGAAUCCAAACACGCGCUCACACACAUACCAACUGUUAUCUUACACAAGGAAAAAUGAGAUGCUGCUUCCGUAAUAGAAAAUAUCAUACUGUACUUAUAAUACAGAGCUGUGUGUUAUGGCUGAAAGGGGCUGUGCUAGUGAAGAAUGAAGUACAGUCAGAAACCUUCAACUGCUAGAUGGUUGAAUAGGCUCCUUCUGGAAUUAUGGCCAGAUGUGAAAACGUUAGCAUUUUAGUGGGGAAUGUGGAAACCUAACCUAACUCUCAUCUGUUUGUUUGUCUGUGUUCUAAUGAGCAUGGUGAGGAAUUUACUAAAUAGGUUUUAGUUAGUAUGAGAUACAAUCCAUCUAACAUAUUUGUCUCUGUGACCUCACUGACUUGUGUAAGGAUGGCAAGGGAACAAAGGAAUGAAAUGUAAACGCAUGCUCCUGCAUGCACACGCACACAAACACACAUGCACACGCACACAAACACACAUGCACACAAACACACAUGCACACGCACACAAACACACAUGCACGCGUCCUCAUACAGAACAUAUGGCGGUUCUUCUGUUUCUGAGCUUAUCACAGAUCCACCCUAUUCAAAUCCUAGCCCAGAGCUACUGUAUGUCUUUCAUUUGAAAAUGACAGGUACCAACACAUUUAUUUCCUCCAGCAAUAUGGAAUUUCAUGGUUGAAAAAGACAUGUCAAAGAGUGUGCACAUCCACUCAUUACCUCCACUAAAGGUGUUUUUACCCAGUGACAAAGACAAACACCAGUUGUCAGAAGCAGGACUCAUCCUUUACAGCACGUGUUAAACUCAUUCCACGGAGGGCCGAGUGUCUGCGGGCUUUCACUCCUCCCUUGUACUUGAUUGAUGGAUUAAGGUCACUGAUUAGUAAAUAACUCCCCUCACCUGGUUGUCUAGGUCUUAAUUGAAAGGAAAAACCUGCAGUCGCUGGGCCCUCCGUGGAAUGAGUUUGACACCCCUGCUUUACAGUUUACAUCCACAUACCGAGUCGUGCAAACACACACACUCACUGUUUUGAAAUGCCUGACAUUACCAUAAAACAUACACUACCGGUCAAAGGUUUUAGAACACCUACUCUAAUUCAAGGGUUUUUCUUUAUUUUUACUAUUUUCUAAAUUGUAGAAUAAUAGUGAAGACAUCAAAACUAUGAAAUAACACAUAUGGAAUCAUGAAGUAACCAAAAAAGUGUUAAACAAAUCCAAAUAUAUGUUAUAUUUGAGAUUCUUCAAAUAGCCACCCUUUGCCUUGAUGACAGCUUUGCACACUCUUGGCAUUCUCUCAACCAGCUUCACCUGGAAUGCUUUUCCAAAAGUAUUGAUGGAGUUCCCACAUAUGCUGAGCACUUGUUGGCUGCUUUUCCUUUCACCCUGUGGUCCGACUCAUCCCAAACCAUCUCAAUUUGGUUGAGGUUGGGGGAUUGUGGAGGCCAGGUCAUCUGAUGCAGCACUCCAUCACUCUCCUUCUUGGUAAAAUAGCCCUUACACAGCCUGGAGGUGUGUUGGGUGAUUGUCCUGUUGAAAAACAAAUGAUAGUCCCACUAAGCCCAAACCAGAUGGGAUGGCGUAUCGCUGCAGAAUGCUGUGGUAGCCAUGCUGGUUAAGUGUGCCUUGAAUUCUAAAUAAAUCACAGACAGUGUCACCAGCAAAGCACCCCCACACGAUAACACCUCCUCCUCCAUGCUUUACGAUGGGAAAUACACAUGCGGAGAUCAUCCGUUCACCCACACGCGUCUCACAAAGACACGGCGGUUGGAACCAAAAAUCUCAAAUUUGGACUCCAGACCAAAGGACACAUUUCCACCGUCUUAAAGUUAUGAUGGACUGUUGUUUCUCUUUCCUUAUUUGAGCUGUUCUUGGCAUAAUAUGGACUUGGACUUUUACCAAAUAGGGUUAUCUUCUGUAUACCCCCACUACCUUGUCACAACACAACUGAUUGGCUCAAACGCAUUAAGAAGGAAAGAAAUUCCACAAAUUAACUUUUAACAAGGCACACCUGUUAAUUGAAAUUCAUUCCAGGUGACUACUUCAUGAAGCUGGUUGAGAGAAUGCCAAGAGUGUGCAAAGCUGUCAUCAAGGCAAAGGGUGGCUAUUUGAAGAAUCUCAAAUAUAAAAUAUAUUUUGAUUUGUUUAACCCUUUUUUGGUUACUACAUGAUUCCAUAUGUGUUAUUUCAUUGUGUUGAUGUCUUCACUAUUAUUCUACAAUGUAGAAAAUAGUAAAAAGAAAGAAAAACCCUUGAAUGAGUAGGUGUUCUAAAACUUUUGACCGGUAGUGUAUAUGUAUACCUCCUCACACAGGCUCAAACAUGAACGAACUCACACACACACACACACGCCACUGACACACACAGGGUUGUUAUUAACACAAGGAUUACCCCUGUGGUCCUUCAGGCAGUAAGGCCUACAUUCUCUCUCCAGCUGGACUGGCUCUGUCUGUCUGGGUGUUAAUAACAAGUCAACUGUCUGUGACAAAAUUGUGUCUACAGUGUUAUCUCAUGGUGAACAGUGUUAGCAGCGGUUUUGUAAAAUGGGUGUUUAUACACUGCUAUCUCUGGUCUGUCUGCACUCUAACAUAGGGUGAGAGUUUAUCCGGAGAGGUUACAGCCAAGAAUAUUACAGCAAGCAGUGGAAAACUCCAGUUUGUGUGUGUGUGUGCUUGCCAUCAGUGACACAGCGUCCUCUCUACAGAUACACUGGCCUCUCUCUCUCUCUCUCUAUUGCCUUUUUCCUCCAUUAAGCACAUAUUAGAUGCAGAGAAAGAGUGUACUGUAGUUAUCAUCUCAAGGCCAUAGGCUAUUACUGUCGGGCUACAACUAGAAGUGAUAGGGUGAUAGCGUGGGGUGAGAAAGAAAGGGUGAGUGUGUGACUGGAGGAGUGUGUGAGAGUUAGGGUAGGUGUGAGUAUGUGUGAGGACAGGUCACACGGUGUGCAGACAGUGGCAGCAGUGUGUGAGGAUAGGAUGGAGGUGUUCCAGCUGCAGUACUGUACGCUAUGGCCUGUUUGUCCAUCGCUCCUUUUACUCUGCGGUUUGUAUUUACAGCCUUUCUACCAUGGAGCUUUCCACAAUGUCCCCCGGACCUGACUCACACAGGACACUGUGUGUGUCCAUGUUUUGAUCCUACACACACAGGAUCAGCUGCAGCUAUGUUGCUGUGUCAUGUCGACACAUUAUCUUGAUAUGUUAUGUAGAAAGUUAGUGCUUAAAUGUCUUGUUUCUGCAUUGUUAUGUGUGUUGUGUUGAUAUAGUGUCCCAUGUUAUGUUGUGUCCCAGGGCAGCGACAGACCACAGUGUGGACAACAGCACAGCCAUGCUGAGGGAGUGGCUGAAGCAGGCCCAGGACCAGUACCACUAUGUGGAGUGGAGACCCAUGGAGGAGCCCAAGUAAGUCUACUUUACUCUCUGCUCAGUCUCCCCCAGCCUCUGACCACGCCCCCCCCCAGUGUCUGACCAGUCUCAGGGAAUCUCACCCCACCCCUUCUGUUCAGGUUCACAUUCCUUCAUUUUCUACAUCUUUGAAGUUCACUGCUCAUUAAGGGAUGGUGAAUAUGAGGUACUGACCGUAAAGCUUUUUGUCCUGUCUUCAGGUCCUAUACAGAUGAGUGGGGGCCCAAGCACUGGCCUCCGUCCCGCUUCAACCAUGUGAUGAAGCUGAGGCAGGCUGCUCUGAAGGCAGCACGGGAACGCUGGGCAGAUUAUAUACUGGUGAGACAGAGAUAAUAUUAUACCUGUGAGAUUACGUGUGACUUUAGUUAGUGGUAUAAUUGUAUGUGAAUGAUGAUACCUGCUUUCUCUCUGUCUCCGGUUGUCUUAGAUUGUAUACCUGCAAUAUUACAUGUAUGUUAGAUUACGUUCUGUGAGAUUAUCCUGUUCUGUCAUUCUCCGUGUAUCUAGUUUGCAGACAGUGAUAACCUGCUGACCAACCCCAGGAUCCUGAACCUGCUCAUGGCUGAGAACCUGACUCUGGUUGCUCCCAUGCUAGAGUCCCGCUCUCUCUACUCCAACUUCUGGUGUGGCAUCACUCCCCAGGUAAACAACCUGCAAUAGCCAUGUAGCCCCAGAUAGACCUCACUCCUCUCUAUGCGCCCUCUCUCUCAGUCAGCAAGCAAGUGAAUGUUAUGACCAUUUGGUUUCUGUUCUUCACAUACCUUCCACACCUCUUAAAGUGAUGCUCCAGAACUUUUGUAUAAUUUCAGCCAGUUGUUUUGAAAGUGCUGCUCACGAGCCAAAAUGGGUCCCCGAUUUCUGUGCACUAUGUCAUCCAAUUGUGUACUACGUCAUCCAUAUCAUAUGAUAUGUUACGUCCUGCAAUUAUUGUAUUUUUUUUGCAAUUCGUAUGUUACGAAUCUAAUUCGUACAAUAUUUUACGAGUUUGUUGUGCUCAAGAUCCCGGAUUGCAUCUUUAAGACCAAUUCUCUAUCUCCAUUUCCCGUCCCCCUCUCCCACCCUCUCUCCUUUCAACCCCCUCUCUCCAUCCCUUUAUCUCUGACUCCCAGGGUUACUAUAAGCGUACUCCAGACUACCAGCCAAUCAGGGAGUGGAAGCGUCUGGGUUGCUUCGCCGUACCCAUGAUGCACUCUACCUUCCUGUUGGACCUGAGGCGUGACGCCAGUCGGGAGCUAGCCUUCUACCCCCCUCACCCUGACUACAGCUGGGCCUUCGAUGACAUCAUGGUGUUCUCCUUCUCCGCCCGACAGGCAGGUCAGAGUUUAACUCCCUCCCACCCCCCGCCAUGUGUGGUCACCAUGAUCCUGUCCAGACACAACACCCUAGUACAUGUUGUUGGAUGUGUUGUAAAAACAUAGCCCUGAGUACAAGACACUAUAGCUCCCCCACCCAUGUACCAACUGUGUAAACAGUCAUACAGCCUCGUUCAGAAACAACCCCUAGUUCCGACCACCAACACAGUGUAAUCAAAGUCCUUAUGGCUCCACCCAGCUUUCCAUUCAGGCCCAGGGGGUAUUGUAGGAAGCUCUUGCCAUAUUAUUAUAUUCUCCUGUCCAAUUGCUUCAGAUCUGCAAAUACGAAAGGGGCUAGGGGAGAGCAAGGGUAGUUCUCUGUGUUUUAAUAGUUCUGAGGGUACUUCUGUGUCUUGUGUUGAAGACCUGUUUUACAAUAGAACCCACCGUGUGUUUAAUGGAGGGAGUCAAGGCAGGCUGGGUAUUUGGCACCAGAUGUGUGUCUUUCUGACUUGACUGAUUGUGUGGGAUUAUUUGAUGUGGCUAAUGAUCUGUAUGGUACAAACAGAAAUAGUAAACACAUAACUAUCAAAUACAUAACACGAAUGCACAAACACUUACACACAAUAAUACACACUAACAUACACUAACAAACACACACAACUCUCACACACAUUGCCACACACAGGGCCAUGCUCUUUAAAAGUUUCCAGUAGUAAUGGGUUUUAGUAUAUUCCUCUUUAUAUCAUUGUGCUUAAUGAGUCUUCCUGUGGAUAUACAGUAUGUGACAUUCUUUAUGCUUAGCUGUGUGUGGCUGCAGUUUGUCUACCAGCAUGCACUUGAUCGCAGAUACAGUGCCUUCGGAAAGUAUUCAGACCCCUUGACUUUUUCCACAUUUUGUUACGUUACAGCCUUAUUCUAAAAUGGAUUAAAUAAAACAUUUUCCUCAGCAAUCUACACACAAUACCCCAUAAUGACAAAGGGAAAACAGGUUUUUAGACAUUUUUGCAAAUUUAUAAAAUAAAAUAAAAUACAGAAAUACCUUAUUUACAUAAGUAUUCAGACCCUUUGCUAUGAGACUCGAAAUUGAGCUCAGGUGUAUCCUGUUUCCAUUGAUCAUCCUUGAGAUGUUUCUACAACUUGAUUGGAGUCCACCUGUGGUAAAUUAAAUUGAUUGGACAUGAUUUGUAAAGGCACACACCUGUCGAUAUAAGGUCCCACAGUUGACAGUGCAUGUCAGAGGAAAAUCCAAGCCAUGAGGUCGAAGGAAUUGUCCGUAGAGCUCCGAGACAGGAUUGUGUCGAGGCACAGAUCUGGGGAAGGAUCCCAAAAAAUUUCUGCUGCAUUGAAGGUCCACAAGAACACAGUGGUCUCCAUCAUUCUUAAAUGGAAGAAGUUUGGAACCACUAAGACUCUUCCUAGAGUUGGCCGCCCGCCAAACUGAGCAAUCGGUGGAGAAGGGCCUUGGUCAGGGAGGUGACCAAGAACCCGAUGGUCACUCUGACAGAGCUCUAGAGUUCCUCUGUGGAGAUGGGAGAACCUUCCAGAAGGACAACCAUCUCUGCAGCACUCCACCAAUCAGGCCUUUAUGGUAGAGUGGCCAGACGGAAGCCACUCCUCAGUAAAAGGCACAUGACAGCCCGCUUGGAGUUUACCAAAAGGCACCUAAAGACUCUCAGACCAUGAGAAACAAGAUUCUCUGGUCUGAUGAAACCAAGAUUGAACUCUUUGUCCUGAAUGCCAAGCGUCACAUCUGGAGGAAACCUGGCACCAUCCCUACGGUGAAGCAUGGUUGUAGCAGCAUCAUGCUGUGGGGAUGUUUUUCAGGGGCAGGGACUGGGAGACUAGUUAGGAUUGAGGAAAAUAUUAAUGGAGCAAAGUACAGAGAGAUCCUUGAUGAAAACCUGCUCCAGAGCGCUCAGGACCUCGGACUGGGGCGAAGGUUUACCUUCCAACAGGACAACAACCCUAAGCACACAGCCAAUACAAUGCAGUAGUGGCUUCGGUACAAGUCUCUGAAUGUCCUUGAGUGGCCCAGCCAGAGCCCAGACUUGAACCCAAUCGAACAUCUCUGGAAAGACCUGACAAUAGCUGUGCAGCAACGCUCUCCAUCCAACCUGACAGAGCUUGAGAGGAUCUGCAGAGAAGAAUGGAAGAAACUCCACAGAUACAGGUGUGCCAAGCUUGUAGCGUCAUACCCAAGAAGACUCAAAGCUGUAAUCGCUGCCAAAGGUGCUUCAACAAAGUACUGAGUAAAGGGUCUAAAUACUUAUGUAAAUGUAUAUAUUUCAUUUUUGUAUUUGUAAUAAAUUAGCAAACAUUUCUAAAAACCUGUUUUUGCUUUGUCAUUAUGGGGUAUUGUGUGUAGAUUGAUGAGUGAAAAAAGCGAUUUAAAUCAAUUUUAGAAUAAGGAUGUAACGUAACAAAAUGUGGAAAAAGUCAAGGGGUCUGAAUACUUUCCGAAGGCACUGUACAAUCAGGUUACAGUGUUUUUGUGUAUAGCAGUGUUUUUUCCAGAUGUCCAGAUGUCAGUGGGUUUUUGAUUAACUCUGUGUGACUGUGUGUUGACAGAUGUGCAGAUGUACGUGUGUAACAGAGAACACUAUGGCUUCCUGCCGGUUCCACUGAAGGCCUCGCAGAAUGUUGACGAGGAGAAGGAGAGCUUCACACACACCAUCGCUGAGGCCAUGAGUAAGCACACACAAACACGCACACACACACUACUUUCUAAAUCAAAAUAAACACCCCUUUUACUUUGUCAGAUUUCUAUAUCUCCUUCAAAAGGAUCCUUCAUCUCUGUUAUCUCCCAUUUUACUAUCGCCUCUUCUCUGACCUCACUGCCAACACAUCACAAACUGUCUUGUAACACAGAAUUUAAAGAGUCCCCCUAAAGAUGGUCCACUAACCCUGACUCAAGCCUUAACCCUGAACGUAUCCCUAACCCUUACCCUAAGGCCUAAGCCAAAACCUAUCCUUAACCCUGAAUUUAUCCCUAACCCUUACCCUAAGGCAUAGGCCAAAACCUAUCCUUAACCCUGAACUUAUCCCUAACCCUUACGCUAAGGCCUAAGCCAAAACCUAUCCUUAACCCUGAACUUAUCCCUAACCCUAAGGCCUAAAUCUAUCCUUAACCCUGAACUUAUCCCUAAUCCUUACCCUAAGGCCUAAGCCAAAACACAUCCUUUACCCUGAACUUAUCACUAACCCUAAGGCCUAAGCCAAAACCUAUCCUUAACCUUGACCUGAUGCUUAUCACCAGAGUUACAGUUGAUCGUCUUUGAGUAUCUAUAGACCUUCACUCUUUCCUUCUACCUCUAGAACAGUCUCAGGCCUGCUGCAGUGCCUUACUAACUCUUUGUUUCUCUCUCUUUUUCCUUCCUCCCUUCCGCCUCUCACCCUCCCACAGUUUUCUCUCUGCUGAUGGAAAUGCUAAAUAAACCAGUGUGACCCUAGAGGAAAUACUCUCUCUGAUUCCAUGCUGCUGUAUUAACUCUAACUCUGACUCCUCUGUCUUUAUUAACAGUUGACCACAACAUAGCGCCCUCAGAGUACCUGUACAAUCCCCAUAUGCCGCAGGACAAGAUGGGCUUUGAUGAGGUACAGUAAGACACUGGCCCUGACUGUUUAGAGGAAUUGGUUUAUAUUGAGAGUUCAUCUGUCUUUCUUUGAUGUGACAUUCAUUUCUCCCCCUCCCUUUCCUGCUCUUCCUUCCUCCACUACCCCCAUGUCUCUCCCCUCCUUCCUACGCUGGCCCCUCGCUCUCUAUUCCUCCUGAUUGCUUCCUCACUAUCUGCCCCCUCCUUCCCUCCGUCUCAGAUCUUCCUGAUCAAUCUUAAACGUCGUCUGGACAGGAGACAGAGGAUGUUGAGCACCAUGGCCUCUCUGGGUCUGCAGGCCACCCUCACUGACGCAGUGGAUGGCAAGUAGGUCUCACACAUACACAUACACACAGGACUGCACAGCUGCAUGGGACACUAUGGUUUACAUUAGUUCUCUGUUCAUCGAUCACAAUCCCUCUCUUUCUCUCAGGGCUCUGAACACUUCUCAGCUGCAGACGUUGGGUAUAGAGAUGAUUCCAGGUUAUAAGGACCCAUACUCUGGCCGUGUUCUAACCAGAGGAGAGAUAGGCUGCUUCCUCAGCCACCACUCCACCUGGGUACAGGUGUGCUCAACCAACCUCACUAAAUCAAAUCAAAUAUUACUCCUCACAUACACAGCAGGUAUAAAAUGUGCAGAGAAAUGCUUGUGGGCCAGCUCCCUCUACAUUGUAGUACAAUAAUCUAUAUCAAUAAUAGUCAAAUAAAAAAUAGAAUAGCCUGAUAUGUACACAAUAGGAUAUACAGUAUACUGUAGAUAAUGAAUGUGCUAUGUCAAGUAUGACUGUAUUUACAAAUAGAAAAUGGGUAGUGUGUUUGUCGCGCAGUUGAAAAGAUGAUAUAUAAUAGAACAGCAACGUUGACUGCACAGUAUGUGUGUGUGGGAGUCUGUGUGCUUGUUUAUGGGUGGUUGUGUGUGUUUGUGUGUAAGGGUUGGAUGUGUGGAGAGUCAGAGCAAAUAGUCUCUAAGGUGCAAAUAGUCUCUACGGUGCAGAUAGUCACUAAGGUGCAUAUAGUCUCUAAGGUGCAGGCCUGUGCAGGGAGACAGCUAGGUUUAGCUGUUCAGCAGUCUGAUGGCCUGGUGGUAUAAGCUGUCUUGGAGCCUGUUAGGCCGAGACCCGAUGCUCCAAUACUGCUUGCCAGAUGGUAACAGAGUGAACAGUCCAUGGCUCGGGUGACUGGAGUCCUUGACGAUCUUCCGAGCCUUCCUCAAACACCGCCUGGUGUAGAUGUCCUGGAGGGCUGGGAGCUUGCCCCCAGUGAUGUAUUGGGCCGUCCGCACCAUCCUCUGUAGAGCCUUGCGGUUGAGGGCAGUACAGUUGCCAUACCAGGCGGUGAUGCAGCCGGUGAAGAUGCUCUUGAUGGUGCAGCUGUAGAACUUGAGAAUUGAGGGCCCAUGAGGCGCUGUUACGCCUUCUUCACCACAGUGUCGGUGUGAUUGACCCAUGUCAGGUCCUCUGUGAAGAGGAACUUGAAGCGUUUGACCCUAUCCAUUGCAGCCUGUCGAUGUCAAUAGUGGUUGUGUCCUCUUGCAUAUUUGUGACUCCGGCUUAUUCUCUGUGCUGUUGUCAGAUGGCGGAGCGUGGUCUUUCCAAGGUGCUGGUGCUGGAGGAUGAUGUGAGGUUUGAGCCCAGAUUUAAGAGGCGAAUGAUGACCAUCAUGGAGGAAGUAGAGAAGGCCCAGCUGGACUGGGAUCUCAUGUAAGAACGAUGUAACAAGUAGCAUUGUUAUGAUGUGUAAUUAUUAAUUGUGAGCUUAUGUAUUUUUUAAAUUAUUGUUAUUUAUUUAUUUAACCUUUAUUUAACCAGGUAAGCCAGUUGAGAACAAGUUCUCAUUUACAACUGCGACCUGGCCAACAUAAAGCUAAGCAGUGCAAUAAAAACAACAACACAGUUACAAGUCAAAAAUACAACAGAAAAUAUAUAUACAGUGUGUGCGAAUGUAGUAAAUUAUGGAGGUAAGGCAAUAAAUAGGCCAUAGUGCAAAAUAAUUAUUAACACUGGAACGAUAGAUGUGCAAAAGAUGAUGUGCAAAGAGAGAUACUGGGGUGCAAAUUAGCAAAAUAAAUAACAAUAUGGGGAUGAGGUAGUUGGAUGGGCUAAUUUGGAUGUGCAGGUGCAGUGAUCGGUAAGGUGCUCUGACAAUUGACGCUUAAAGUUAGUGAGGGAGAUAAGAGUCUCCAGCUUCAGAGAUUUUUGCAGUUCGUUCCAGUCAUUGGCAGCAGAGAACUGGAAGGAAUGGCGGCCAAAGGAGGUGUUGGCUUUGGGGAUGACCAGUGAGAUAUACCUGCUGGAGCGCAGACUACGGGUGGGUGUUGCUAUGGUGACCAGUGAGCUAAAAUAAAACAGGGAUUUGCCUAGCAGUGAUUUAUAGAUUACCUGGAGCCAAUGGGUUUGGCAACGAAUAUGUAGUGAGGGCCAGCCAACAAGAGCGUACAGGUCACAAUGGUGGGUAGUAUAUGGGGCUUUGGUGACAAAACGGAUGGCACUGUGAUAGACUACAUCCAAUUUGCUGAGUAGAGUGUUGGAGGCUAUUUUGUAAAUGACAUCGCCGAAGUCAAGGAUCGGUAGGAUAGUCCGUUUUACGAGGGCAUGUUUGGCAGCAUGAGUGAAGGAGGCUUUGUUGCGAAAUAGGAAGCCGAUUCUAGAUCUAACUUUUGAUUGGAGAUGCUUAAUGUGAAUCUGGAAGGAGAGUUUACAGUCUAACCAGACACCUAGGUAUUUGUAGUUGUCCACAUACUCUAGGUCAGACCAGCCGAGAGUAGUGAUUCUAGUCGGGUGCAAGCAGCGUUUGGUUGAAGAGCAUGCAUUUAGUUUUACUAGUGUUUAAGAGCAGUUGGAGGCUACGGAAGGAGUGUUGUAUGGCGUUGAAGCUCGUUUGGAGGUUUGUUAACACAGUGUCCAAUGAAUGUGUGUGUUUUUUCUCUCUCUAGAGAGAGCAGUAAGAGGAGAGCAGAGAGAGAGGAGAGAAGCGAGAGAUAGAGAGAGAGAGAGAGAGAGAGAGCAGCGCGAGAGCGAGAGAGCGAGAGAGAGGAGUAGACGAGAGAGACGAGAGACUAGAGAGAGCUCGCUCUAGAUCUCUCUCUCUCUCUCUCUAUCUCUCUUAUCUCUCUCUAUCUCUCUUCGCUCUCUAUCUCGCUCUCUAUUCUCUACUCUCUCUCUCUCUCUCUCUCUCUCUCUCUCUCUCCAGCUAUGUGGGGCGUAAGCGUAUGCAGGUGCGUCAGCCGGAGCGUUCAGUGGAAGGGGUUAAUAACUUGGUGGAGGCGGACUACUCUUAUUGGACGCUGGGCUAUGCUCUGUCAGCGCAGGGCGCCAAGAAACUGCUGGCUGCUCAGGCCUUCAGCAAGAUGUUACCUGUUGAUGAGUUCCUCCCCGUCAUGUUCAACAAACACCCCAAGUAAGGGACUGGCUGACUGCACCGAGGCUAACACAAACAGGGGGACAGACAGGGAGACAGACAGGGGGACAAGAGAAAAAUUUUCAGGUUUACAGCUUAUUUCCUGCAAUUCUACACAUUUUGCCAUAGGGUGGAGGCAAAUGUUUGCAGUUUUUAAUAUGAUCAAUGGGCCCCACCCCGGUUGGUAAUUCCACCACACUUAUUACAUGUUUAGAUAGCUGGCCACUAGACUAAUUUACCAAUCUAAAAACAAUUGUGUAUUCUAUUAUUCUAACACUUAACAGUAACUCUGUGGUAUGGUGAGUGGUGUUCCUUAUUGGUGCUUUAGAGUUACACCACCCUACCCCCUUUCGUCCUCUUCUUUCUCCCUCACACAUUCUCUUCAACCCAUUUCCCCCACUCCAUCUCUCUCUUGCACUCUCCUUUUCUCUCGCUCUCUUUUUCUCUUCACCUCUGUCUCCCCAUCUCUCUCUCCUGUAUAGAGUGGGUCCCUGAUACACAGGCCAGGGAUUGUUCCUAGGGAUCAAUGGGUACUCUCUGUCUCUGCACCCUGCCCUCUGCCUCUCCUUGCUACCCUGCCACUUUUCUCCCUCCCUUUCUCAUGUCUCUCCCCUACCUCUCUCUCUCCUUGUCUCUCUCUCUUUUUCUUUCUUUGAGGAAUGUGGGACCGGAAUGUUUUUUCCUGCUGCUGGUGAGAGGGACAGGAUUCCCAUUGAGCCAGAGCUGAGUAUGGGGGUGGGGUGUAGAUUUGUGUGUGUGUGUGUUACUAUAUAAAUACGCAGGAGUGAGUGUGUAUGUGCGAGUGUGUGUAUGUAUAUCCGUGCGUGUGCAUGCUUCUGUGUAUUCGUUUGUAUGCGUGCGUGCAUGUCUGUGUGAGUAGAAAUCACUAUGUAAAUAUAGACCAGAGCAUGUCAGAGAGAGAGAGAGAGUUAGGGAUGCCCUGGGGUCUCUCCUCUGCUCUGCCAACUCUGAGAGGAUCAAACACUCAGACUAAGUCCAGCCUCUCAGGGUUCAACUCCCUGGCCAGUAAUAAAGGCAUCAGUUUACUCUCUCUGUGCUGGCACUGUCUAAACAGCUGCAGGGGGGCUGACCUCUACCAGCUGACCUCUGGCUGACAGGGCCUGACUGAUUGAAGGUGACGUGUCGCUCCUCUCUCCCCUCUGCACCUCUUUACCACUCUCUGGCUCCCUUUGAUGACAUGUUAAAGUGUCAUGAUCAGCGCUCCUUUCUGACAGAUGCUGGAAGUCUCUGCCCUCCCACUGGCUCACUUUGAUGACAUGUACACAGUGCUCUCUGAUUAUGUGUUUCUGACCUCUCUGUGAUCCAAUCUCUCUCACUACAGAGUCCAUGCUUAACUUUGACCAAGUGGUGCUGAUUCAGCAGUGCUGAAUUACCAUAUAUGACCCUCUCCUUUCUGUCCACCCCUAUCAUUUUGCAUGGUGCACUAAACAGUUUACUCUGUCCUCCUCUCUCCCUUAGUGUGUGAUUCUCUUUGAUGACGUGUCAUGUAACCCUCUUCCCUCUCUCUCCAUCAGUUCUGACUUCAUGUCUCACUUUGAGCCUCGGGACCUGAAGGCCUUCUCUGUGGAGCCCCUCCUCCUCUACCCCACCCACUACACGGGCGAGCCAGGCUAUGUCAGCGACACAGAGACCUCCACCAUCUGGGACGACGAGGCCACUGCCACCGACUGGGACCGCCAGUACCAGCACGCCAGGAAGACAGAACAGCAAGGCCGCAUCCACACCGUGGCCCAGAACAGU